AAGCCGUUUCUCGUGGGAUUAACUGUCGUUGACAUGGAUUUAAUGGACGAUCAUAGUUGUUUUAGUUGUUACUUCUCCUGAGAGACGCAGACAAACAGAAAGGAGGGGGAGAGAUGGGGGACCGACAGCGGCGGACCGGGAGACUCGGGAACCUCACGACCAAGUCCCGGGUCUCCAAGGAGACCAAGCUCCGGUUGCGCGUGGUUUUCCUGGAUGACAGCGAGCGCACGUUCGAGGUGGAGCAAAAGGUUUUAGGUGGCGACUUCUACAACAAAGUGUGCGGUCAUCUGAAACUGCUGGAGAAGGAGUACUUUGGCCUGGAGUUCAGACACCACAGUGGCAAUUAUGUUUGGUUGGAGCUGCUGAAGCCUUUGGUCAAACAGAUCAGAUACACCAAUGAUUUAUUCUUCAGGUUUAUAGUCAAAUUUUUUCCACCAGAUCCUGGACAACUCAAGAGAGGCCUCACCAGGUAUCUUUUUGCCUUACAGAUCAAGCAGGACUUGUCUAAUGGCAGUCUGACCUGUAAUGACAACAGUGCCGCCCUGCUGGUCUCUCACAUACUGCAGUCAGAGAUAGGGGACUAUGAUGAGGAGCUGGACUGCCAGCAUUUGGAGAUGAAGCACUAUGUUCCCAACCAGGAAUAUCUGGACCACAAGAUCAUCAAGUUUCACAAGAAACACAGAGGACUCUCUCCAGCAAACUCCGACAUCCAGCUGCUGGAGGUGGCGAGGAAGCUGGACAUGUAUGGAAUCAGGCCUUACCCUGCCUAUGAUGGGGAGGGAAUGAGGAUCAAUCUGGCUGUCACACACUCUGGAGUGCUAGUCUUUCAGGGAAACACAAAAAUCAACACAUUCAGCUGGGCAAAGAUCCGUAAGCUAAGCUUCAAACGCAAGCAUUUCCUCAUCAAACUACAUGAUAAAGUUGGGCCCUCGUGUAAGGAUACACUAGAGUUCGCCAUGGCCAGCCGUGAUGUGUGUAAAUCAUUCUGGAAGAUGUGUGUGGAGUACCAUGCUUUCUUCAGGCUAGCUGAGGAACCAAAGGCCAUACACAAAACUCUGCUGUCAUGUAAAGGCUCCAGCUUCAGAUACAGUGGUCGCACCCAGAAGCAGCUGCUGGAGUGUCUGGGAUCAGGGGAGAAGAAGCCUUCGCACUUUGAAAAGAUAUACAGUCAGACAGACUAUGACCCCAGACAAUGUCGAUCUUCUCCUGAUCUCCUCACAGAUGUCUCCAAACAGGUGUAUGAGCAAUCUCACCCAUUCCCACGGUCAAGUCGUGCUCUGGUGGUACACAGCCAGGAUCAGUUGGACCCGCAUCACCGAGACAACGAUACUGAAAUCAAUGAAAGAGGGGCUAAACGCAGCCAUUCAUGUGUUGAGGUCAGCCAGAGGCCUCGCCUCCUCUCCCAAGUCACUCCUCUUUCUCCAUCUGUCCACCAGACAACGCCGCCUUCACCCUCACCGAAGAUGAGAUCUGCUUCGAUAUCUGUAGUAGAGGACGCAAGGGGGGUACGAAUCGGGACACAGCGCCAAGCCCAGCGGUUAGCUGGUGUCUAUGGAAACCGAUCUAGACGUCGACCCAACCCCCAGCCACAUCCAGAUGCAGGACAGCAGCUGGUCCUUCUCUACCCUAACAGCCCUGCCUACCAGUAUCAUCCUGUCCUCCCAUCGUUCCCAUUAGCUGGCUGCUCGCCACUCAACCGGCAUCCCUACUUGUCGGAAUUUGUUGCCGUUUCCUCACUGGAACGAAUUCCGCAUACAAGACGGCGGGAUUAUGUGACAAUGGAUGGUAUAACACGGCCAUCUUUUUACCCAAUACGUCACGAUUCGCCAUCUAGUUCACCAAUCAGGAGAAACCUCCGCUCCAGUGGUUCAGGUGGGCUGGGAUUGGCCAGAAUGUACCAACCAGGAAGCAAUGGUGCAAGACUCAUGGGCGUUGGACAUACAGAGGCAGGUCAUUACAGCGAUGACUCCAACUUCCUUCCUGGGCUGCCUCGCCGUGUAGCCAGCCAACCUGACGUCAAAUUACACCUCUCGAGGAGUUCAAACACUGCCUUUAACCCUGCUUCUGAGUUCCGCCCUCUUGGUUACUACCCCCACCUGACGCGCCCCUCCAGACCCACCUACCUCCCACUAAACUCUUCCCCUCUGCCUGAACGCCCCAGUUCACUAUGUAUGAUUGGCAGCACUGCGGGAAGCUACAGCGACUCAGACCCGGAGGUUUUCUAUCCAUAUUACUGCCCUGCCCCUCAGGUGGGCAAGAUGGUACGGUCCGCUGGACUAGCCAGGAUGAGGUUUUCAUCGGGGAGUCUUCAACUUGAUGAGGAGGAAGAGGGAGAGGAGGAAGAGAGGGAGCAUGCAACAGCAAAAGAAACUGUAAAGAAGGAGCCAGAGGGUGAAGAGGAGAAGAAAGAAAAGAGUGGAGGAGGAGAGGAUACAAAAGGAGCAGCAAAGGUUACUGAAGUGACGCUGUAGAAAAAGAUUAAAACAUUACAGCGGUUUAUGAUCACAGUCAAAACUGGAAGGAUAAUUUAAAAUAGCACAUCCUCUGCAGGCUGUAGAUAACAUGAUAAAUAUAUUAGAUAAGAAGUGUGUUGUUUUGAGGUGCACUGGCAGAUGAAAUGUAUUUUUUUGCCUUCUUCAAGUGAAAACCUCAGAUUCUGAAAAGGGGCUACUGUUAAGUGGCUAUUUUAUAGGUGCAAGCUUACAAAAACAAGUAAAUAAAUAACAUCAAUAAUAAUUAUUAUUAUUAUUUUAGAAAUUAAAGAUGUGUGACAAAUUUAAGCAGCCAACAAUUAAAAUUUUUUGUUAAGGUGUUUGAGCCACUACAACAUUAAUUCUUCAAGCAUUCCUUUACCAGAGGGGUAUGGGCACCAUUUUUCUUAAAGAUUUUCCCUCAUUUCAUAUCUUGAUGAUGAUCAUCAUCAAAUGGAGACACAUUGGUCUCCUGAAGAUGUUAAUUUUAGUUGCGAUCUGGUGACUGUGAAGUUCAUAGGCUACUCUUUAAGCCGUGUUAACUAUAAGGUGGGCCCGUAUAUAGGUGGAGGCACUGUCAUCCUGAAAUAGACCACUCACAUCCCAUACAACUGGUCAACCAGAACAACUUUCUAUUGGUUUUCAUUUUUCAUUCCCUCUAAGGCAGGGGUGGGCCAUUAAUUUUUCCAAGGGACUACAUGAGAAACCGGGACUGUUGUGGAGGGCUGCAUCAAUUCAGCUUAUUGCUGUGGCCAUCCAAAAAAGUCCCAGUUCCUAAUGUGGCCCCUCGGAAAAAGGAAACCGCAAAAUACCCCAAAUGUCUUAAUAGAGCCAACGGAUCCUCACUCUAACGGUGCGUUCACACCGAACGCGAUAGACGCAACCAAAAAGCGCCAGACGCCCCUGGCUGGUCGCGUGCACAUUCGCACCUUGACGUGGGACCAACGCGAAUUGGUCGCGCUUCAAAAUACGCAAUUUUCACGCACGUGAAGCGGAAAUGUGGGAAGAAGUAGUGCCAGACGGUAUGUUUGCAAGAUGGCAGCUGUCGAUCUAGCGUUUAAAAAGAGAGUCUCCGUUCUUUAUUUACUGUGGAGAGCAGAGCAGCAGUGUAAAGGACAUCCUCACCGUACUUGGGGCAAUCAGGUCCUCUAGAAGCGUGAGCAGUUUGGUGAGUUUCACCACUUGCUCCAGGAGCUGCGUCUGGAUGACAGCUGCUUUCAGCGGUACCACCGUCUUUCCCUUGCCCAGUUUGAGGAACUGCUGUCCCGGUCGGUCCCAGCAUCGCCCGCCUAAACACCAACUACAGGCGCUCAAUCCCACCUGCAGAGCGCCUGUCCGUCUGCCUGCGGUUAGUAAAAGUGUUUAAUACGGUAGUGCUUUAUUGAUACCUGUGCUAAUAUAUGCUCAUUUGAAGUCCCAGUGACUUCCCCACAACGGCUCUUUUAGGAGCCACCCACAAACCUCUAAAGAGCGUUCCUGCCUUUUUUUUUUUUUUUUGUAAUUUUCUUAAUAAAUGGAGCUUGCCUCCAAAAUAAACUAACCUGUCUUUAUUCUCUUAAAUAAUUGGUCUUCACUAUGUUCCUAUAUAGUAGUAUAUUUUUUCAUUAGUAUAAUAUGAAAUAAAUUCUACAUGUGUCAAAUUGUGUGCCAAUAUUUGCUGUGUAGUAGAACUAAGACAUUAGUCAUUCCAAAAAUUUAUUUGAAAUAAUAUUAAAAUUCUCCUUACACAAAGCAGCUGGUGUCGUGCUGCUCCGGGUGGUUGGCUACGGCGGUGAUUAGCCUUUCCUGAAUGAAGAAUGAAGGGCUUUGGCUGGGUCUGCCCCUUUGAACUAGGUCAGAGCAUCACGUCAACAGGCUCCUGAAUGGUUGUCGCGGCGCGAUUUGACGCUGGAGUUCAGAUUUUUCCAACUCGAGCGGUAGACACGAUACACGCGAAUGCAUAAAAUGCACCACACAAACUGCCGCGUGUAUUUUUAUUUGCGCUUCAAACACGUCAGUCGCACUACUUGCUCGCGCGACUGACGCGUUUUCGCGACGCAAAUCUGCUUCUGAAUUUUCGCAGGACCCCCAGUCGCGCUUCAUCGCGCUCCUCCAUUGACUUUACAUGUAAACCUGACGCUCUGGUCGCAUCUAUCGCGUUCAGUGUGAAUGCACCGUAAGGGCCGAGCAUUCUAGGCUGUGUUUUUCUCUUGAUGUCUUUAUGUGUGUCUUUUAUGCAGUCUCUCACUUAUUGACAGUAUGGUUAAGGAUGACUCACCAGAACAUAUCACUUUUCCACAUUUCUGCAGACCAGUGCCUGUGUUGCUUUUUUGCUUUGUAACCCCUUUCAUUGAAGCACUCUAUAGCUAUGUGCAGUACAUGUGUGAAAAGCAUACCUAGGUUGAAAAAAAAAAAAUGGAUGAAGCAACUGUGAUGUUAGCUUUUUGGCCACUGUUACACUACUUUUUGGAGCCAGAUUUGACCAUAUUUGGACAAGUUAUCAGUUGCUGGUAAAAAAAAAAAGAAAAAAGAAAAAAAAAAGAGUGAUUGGUCACAACCCCCCUGAAAUCUUGGCAGGUAAAUAAAAAUGUGUAUUCCCCAAUUGACUGGGAAGUGGUUGCCAAGUGAGAGUCACUAAAUGAAUAUGGUAUUGCACUGAAAACCUCUUUUUGAUUGAUUUGCUCACUGGCAGAUCACUAUGGUGAUCCUGGUCGCGUGGAAGACGCAGACUUGUCUACAAACCCUUGCCAAUUAAUCACCUAGUGGUGGUGAAACUCUGAAAAGUGCAUCUAUUGCAGUGGUUCCCAAACUUUUUUUGCCAGGCCCCCCUUUAUUUUACAAGAAAAAUGUUCGCGCCCCCCCCACCAUGUGCCUCUUUUCACGUCA